AUGGAGAGAUUAACCUACAAAACAGUCAGCGAUGUCUUAAAUGUCUUUCUUGAGAGUGAGAGUGAGGAGAGUGAGAGUGAGGAAAGUAAGAGUAAAGAGAGUGAGAGUGAGGAGAGUGAGAGUGAGGAAAGUAAGAGUAAGGAGAGUGAGAGUGAGGAGAGUGAGAGUGCGGAGAGUGAGAGUGAGCAAAGUAGGAGUGAGGAAAGUGAGAGUGAGGAGAGUGAGAGUGAGGAGAGUGAGAGUGAGGAGAGUGAGAGUGAGGAGAGUGAGAGUGAGGAAAGUAGGAGUGAGGAAAGUGAGAGUGAGGAGAGUGAGAGUGCGGAGAGUGAGAAUGAGGAGAGUGAGAAUGGGAAGAGUGAGAGUGAGGAAAAUAAGAUUAUGGAAAGUGAGAGUGCAGAGAACGAGAGUGAGGAGAGUGAGAUUGAGGAAGGUGAGAGUGAGGAAAGUGAGAGUGAAGAGAGUGAGAGUGAGGAUGAUGAGGGUGAGGAGAGUAAGAGUGAGGAAAGUAACAGUGAGGAAAGUGAGAGUGAGGAGAGUGAGAGUGAAGAAAGUAAGAGUGAGGAAAGUGAGAGUAAGGAGAGUGAGAGAGUGGAGAGUGAGAGUAAGGAGAUUAAGAGUGAGAAAAGGGAGAGUAAGGAGAGUGAGAGUGAGGAAAGUGAAAGUGAGGAGAGUGAGAGUGAGGAGAGUGAGAGUGAGGAAAGUGAGAGUGAAGAAAGUAAGAUUGAGGAGGGUGAGAGUGAGGAGAGUGAGAGUGAGGAAAGUGAGAGUGAGGAGAGUGAGAGUGAGGAGAGUGAGAGUGAGGAGAGUAAGAGUGAGGAGAGUGAGAGUGAGGAGAGUGAGA